GCGGAAGCUCAUUGUUUGCUGUGGAUUCACCCAACCUCAGCGCCUCACAUCUUAUUUGACGCCUUCACAACGAGGUCGCAGCCUCUGGAGCUUGAUCGACACCUCUUGAUGGAAUAAUUGUCGCGACAAUGCCCAAAGUUAUCAGCUACACUCCUCCCUGGCUCUCGCGCCCUUCCCCCGGCGCUUCGUUGUUUGCGAGCACUACACACAAGGAUCCUGCGAGUCUCAAGAACCCCAAAGACGCCAAAUAUGACGGGCCCUUACGGACUCUUGCACGGAGGGGCAAUGAGAUCUUCACAGUUGUUGACAACCAGAUCCGGUGGUCCAGUCUUACGCGAUUGAAGGAUGAGUGGCAGCAACGUGAGAGGUCGAAGGAUGCCCAAAAGUCCGCUGCCGAUGACCAGGUGCCGUACAGGACCCUGGUAGUGCCGGUUUACGAACAGAUCCGACAGCUUAUCCCCUCUCCAAACGGCGCUUUCCUCGCCAUUGUCGCAGACCAUACCGUCUUCAUCGCAGUCCUUCCCGACUCCGCGCAUUUGUCUACCACAGAAACUUCCCCAAUUCGCGUAAAAACCUACCAGCUUGGCCCAACAACACACGUCAUCCCAGAAUCGCCGGUGGUCUCAGCUUUAUGGCACCCGCUUGGUGUUUAUAGCAAUCUAGGAGCAUGCCUUGUGACAGUAACGGAGGACGCUGCUGUGCGCGUCUGGGAGCUAGACCGGAAUAAUCACUGGUCGUUUGACCGACCUACACUUGCUAUCGACCUCCGCAAGCUGAUCGACGGGACUUCUUCCGACCAGGACUUUGCGCCCUCGGGUUUUGGGAGGAACAAAGGUUUCUCUGCAGAUUACAUUGAUAUGGAGGUUGCAUCGGCUCGCUUUGGCGGUGUGGGUAGCGAGAAAGAGGACGCUUGGGCAGCGAUGACACUCUGGAUCGCCAUGAAGCCUGGCGAUCUGUAUGCCCUCUGUCCACUGCUGCCUUCAAAGUGGAGGGCGCCGCCCGCGGCCGUCCCCUCAUUGUCUGCUGCAAUCAUCCCGAAAAUGACAGCUUUAGAAGAGGAUUCUUUGGAUCACGACGAACAAUUGACAGCCUGUCGGCAACAAUACGAGUGGCUCACGGAAAUCGACAACCAGGAGCCGUUGCAGAUCAUACCCGGAACCGUGACAGAGCCGGAGUCAGAGAUCCUCGCUCGGCCAAUGACCCCUAGUGCGAUUCCUAGGCUUCAAGGGCCGUUCCGUGUUGAUACUGGCGACCAGGUUGAUGACCUUGAUCUGUGCGAUAUUCUGGUCGUUGCUGCCAAGGCUGAUACUGAUGCUCUGAUGCUGGGAGAAGAUGAUGAAUUGGCUCUGGAUAGUGGUGAUGAUAAGGUAUCUGCUACUGUGAUCUAUCUUUCAUCUCGGAGUGGUCGAGUGUAUAUCUGCCUUGAACUUGAAGGUGUGGAAGGACAGUGGCUUCCCAAAUCAAAGAGAAACGUGUUCCAAACGCCUGUCUCUGAAGGGUCCGAUUUACUUCUGGUGGAAGCUUUGGACACCGUCAAAAAGGAACGCCAAUCUGCGGAAACAUGGCCUGUGUUUUCCCCCGAUGCCCAUUCACGAUACAGCUGCUUCGUGACAACCUCCCACAGUGUUGUAUUCAUUUCGCUGGCGUCUUGGAUUCAGCGAUUGGAAGCUGAAUUGCAGUCUGAUGACACUGCUGGGUCAGGAUUCCGGCUCCAGAUUCUUUGCGAAGGCAACGCGGCGACAUUGGAGCCGAUCAUUCAAGUCGACGAAGCCAGUGCAGCUGGCAGCCAGCCCUUCCACCUACCAGCCUCUUUGGUGUAUCACGACUACGACCUGGGAUACCUGCUUCUUUCCUGCCACGCCUCUACCCCCUCUGCUGCCAUUCUCGAAAAGCCUGAUUUCUUCCCGUCAUUUUCGCUCCAGCCAGAUGCAGAGACAGCUGGCUCCCCAACAAUCCCUCCCCACCGACCUCCUUACCAGGUUCCUUCCAUUCUAUACGCAGAGUCUCCAUUGGAGUUCUUUGUCGAGAAGCAAGUUCCUCAUCGCUACCGCAGCAGCUUGAAGGAGCCCGUACUCCUCUCCCCAGCUACUCUUGAUCUUGUGGCCGCCGCGCACCGAAUCCUGUCCGCCCAUACAAAUGCCCUUGAACGAGCUGCGUCUGACCUCUUCCGUCGCUGUGAGAGACUUCAGGGUGAAUUGCGCGAGCAAUUAGGGCAAAUAUCCGAUGUUGCAGAGCGUAUCAAGGGUGUCUCGAGUGAGAUUGGUGAAGAUGGAGAGAGGAAAGAGGGCUCCAGGAGCAGUGAAGUAUUGGACAAGAGGCUACAAGCAGCCAAGGACAGACAAACACAACUCGUCCAACGCUACGAAGCUCUCCGCAAUAAGGUGCUGAACUCCGGAGGAAGACCGCUCAGCGAGAAGGAGUCGUCAUGGAUCGCAGAGGUGGAAACACUUUCCAAAUCCUUCGACAAUGAACGCAAGGAGGGAGACACCCAGCGGAUUUCGCAGCGACUACAAGAUGCAAGUUCAAACCCUUGAUUUUUCCUGAUCAUCUACUAACAUUAUGCAGGUCAAGGAGAUCGCCAAAGAACUAGUCGAAGAAGCCAAGUCCGCUGCUGCCAGGUUGCCCGCUACGCAAGAAUCUAGUACCCCGGCUUCUCCUACAAGCGCACAACCACGGGUUCCCCAGCGGCUGCAACGUGCUAAGAUCGCUGAUGCCAUGAAGAUGGUGGAGAGAGAAUCUGCUGUUAUUGAAUCUAUCACGACACGCUUAGCCCGGCUCAACGCCAUUGUCUGAUGUUAUUCCCAAUCUUGGUUCUUUGACCACUUACCCUCGCAUACAAUAUGGCUUAGACUACGUAUUUACGCAUUGACCGUUGAUCUACGCUGAAUUCAUCUAACUUGAGCAAUCAAAUCAACCAUCAACUUGAUCGAACCCUCAAUUCUUAUUUCAGUAUGUUCUCUGACAAACUGGGCCAAACUCGCCCUUCAAUCAUAUGUAAGGACGACACUUAGAAUGCUACACGAACAACACCUCCUACAGCGAUCUUCAUAACUGGAUCAUCCGAACAAUCAGUCCUCUGGCUCGGGAUGAUGUCCCAUCGCCCUCUCCUCAUAAUACGACCCAUCCCACACCCCCUUCCUCCCCAACUUUCCACCCCUCCCUGAUGUGACAGAACCACUCUCCUCACUCUCAGUAUCUAUAUCCUCUCCCGGCCCAUUGAUCUGAUACUCAAGCCGAUAAAUC